AUGGCCGAAGCCAAUGACAUAAAAUCCAAUGACGAUGGAAUUCAAAAUUUAUCAAAAACUCAAAUGGAAAUUAAUGAAUGCCUCGGAAGUUGGCUGACAUAUUUACAAAUGUUGAACGGUCUUUGCCUAGCUGGUACGAAGUUGGCUCAGUCGUUGCAGUCAAUUUUAUCAAGCCAUGAGGGAACAGUUAAUUGCAGAUUGACAGGCCAAUGUCUUGCCGGUUGGGAGGAACUUACUAGGGCAACUGGUGUAGCAAGUAAUACUGUUAAGCACCACGUGGUCGCGGCCUUGAGAGACCACGAGACACGAGAUAGUGACGUCGACAAACAUGAUAUAUUGCGAGACAAUCUUUUGACCUUCAUUAACUUACAGUAUCAAUUCUGUGUGGCUUGUUGCGAAUGUUUAGGAAGUAUGGCUGAGUGUUCCUGUUCUCAAUCCGGGAAAAAUGAAUGUGAUAUUGCUGCUCUUCAACAAUGCUUUGAACGUUUAUAUAGUCCACAAACACCAGUAUCGUCAUCAUCGACACAACAAAAUAGUCAUAGGUCACCAUUGCGAUAUCCACUCUUUCCUCUGCAGGUUCAGAGGAGGUGGUCGGAAACCGCCGCUGCUGAAAUGUCAGGUGAGUCUACGGAAAGUACAAUGAGAAGAUGGUCGAUGCCUUGGGACUGUCGACACGUCACAGAAUGGCCAAGGCAAGAAGAAAAAACAAGACUAAGAGUGCCACAUCGGGAUCGUAGUAGAUCAACUACACCCGAUUCUGUUUGGAAGUCAUCGGGCAUGGCUAGUCAAGAUGGUCUACAAGAAGCCAUUCAAUUACUUUCUUGUAGGCCUGGUGUUAGGCCAGCUAAUCAAUUAUCUGCUUUUAUUGGCCAACAUAUACCUGGCGUAACACUCACUACUUGUAAUUUUGAUAGUAAUUAUGAUAACUCAAUCUGGCCGGAUUCCAAAAGAGUUGGAUCACCCAGGUGUUGGCCUCAGGAUUCACAUUCUAGCGAUCAUUCGGAUCAAUCUGGACAGCGUGAUAGUGAUAACAGUGGGGAGCACAGAGAUUCUGAACUUAGCGGUGGUAGCGCAAGCGUUCACCGUGAUAAUGAUAUUUCUGGAGUCAAUGAUCUUCUUCCAUCUCGAAAAAGUUCAUCGUCUACAGACUCAUGUUUAUCAGGAAACAGUAGAUCUGGAUCUGAAAGUGCUGGUGUUUGUACUGGGGAAUCAUCAAAAUCUCAAUUGUAUUCAAUGUGGAGUGGUGGUGAUCUACCUUUUAUUAAAUUACCAGAGAGUAGUGAAACUAAAGAUGAAAGGCCUCCAAGUUAA